AUGUACGUGCCAGUGUAUGCUAUUUAUACUGAGCUUAAUGAAACUCGAGAGAAUAUUUACCUCGCACAUGAGCAGAAGGUUGCCUUCGGCAAGCCCGAGCCUAUUAGGAAUUCAAGGAGCAAAAGAGAUCCUAACAAGUAUUGUAAAUUCCAUAAGGAUAUUGGGUAUACGACCGACAAAUGUCGCCAAUUGAAAGAUGAGAUAGAAAGUCUCAUUGCACGAGGCCAUUUGAAAAAGUACGUGAAAAGACAGGGUCAUGGAUACAACCAGCCCAGUCUGCCCAAUAACCCAAACAACCAGGGGAUACAACCUCUUCCUGUGGAAGGAGAGGACAUCCUGGUUAUUUCGGGAGGGCCACAUAUCACAGGGGAAAGCAAUAACGCCCAGAAAAGAUAUGUGAAGGAGAUAAAGAACGAGCAAUUGGCAUUUGCCCCAGAACCUUCCAAGAAGGUGAAAACUGAGGAACCUCCCAUUGUAUUCAUGGAGGAAGACGAGAAAAACGUGAGGUAUCCUCACGUCGAUCCAUUAUUGAUUACCAUUCAACUUGCCAAUAAAAGGAUCAAGAUGGUGUUAAUAGACCAUGGGAGCUCAGUAAAUAUCCUUUAUAAAGAAACUCGACAAAAAAUGGGACUCGAAAAGGCCAAAUUAAGGCCUUGUAUGGUGAAACUUUGUGGAUUAACUGGAGACAGUAUUGCCAGUCUUGCAAUAAUCAAGCUCGCAUUAACCUUAGCCGAGGCACCCCUAUCUGCCACUAUUAUGCAAGACUUCUUAGUUGUCGACCUGCCAUUGGCUUACAACAUAUUUUUGGGUCGUCCAACACUGAUCGGACUAGGGGCAGUCAGUUCGAUCAAGCACCUAUCCUUGAAAUUCCAAACACAGGAAGGAGUGGGAGUGGUGCAUGGCGACCAAAUGCUGGCUCACAAUUGCUAUCGCAUUGAUCAGCAACAUAGGAAAGUCGGACAUCAGUUUAUGGCGAUCUUGGCAGAAGAGAAUGAGAAGAAAGAUGAAGAUCUUGACCCUUGA